UACAAGUGUGCUCUAAUAAAUGGAUCCACACUGUGAUCCUGCUACCUUAAGCUAUUUAAACAAAGCCUUCGACAGUGGGGUUUUCUAAGCUCUCUCUUACGUAGGAUGAAAAUGGAAUUGGUUAUGCCGUUGACGAUACUUGUGGUGAUAUUGGGCACAACUUGUGGUGCUUUUGGGGAGUUGGAAAGUAACGUGAAAACAGCAGUUCUUCUUUCCCCCAAGUUUGAGCUUGGACCGGGAUCGGUUGCUAAUAAAUAUGAUUACGAUAUUGAUUUUCCCAGAGGUCAUAUAGCUCUUAAGAGUUUCAACGCGGAAGUAGUUGAUGAAUCAGGGAACCAAGUGCCUCUCCAUGAAACCUAUCUGCAUCACUGGGUUGUCGAAAGAUACUACGAACCAAAACAUGUGACAACACAAACAAGGUACGAUGGUCAUAGGUUGCUUCGCCCAUCUGGCCAUGUAUUGGUGAGGAACAGCGGAGUAUGCCAGAGAAAUACGCUGGGACAAUACUACGGUCUUGGAUCCGAAACACGUGGAACAGCUACGGAUGUUCCUGAUCCCUUUGGGAUAGUUGUGGGUGAUCCAGCAGAAAUUCCAGAUGGGUAUGAGGAGAAAUGGAUGCUGAAUAUCCAUGCCAUUGAUACACGCGGUGUGGUGGAUAAAUUGGGGUGUACUGAAUGCAGGUGUGACCUUUACAAUGUUACAGAGGAUGAAUAUGGGAAGCCUAUCAGGUCAGACUACAAAGGAGGUUUGUUUUGUUGCUACGAUCAAACCCAGUGCAUGUUGAGGGAAGGUUUUGAUGGCCCAAAGAGGACUCUCUAUCUCAGAUACACUGUCAAGUGGGUUGAUUGGGACAAGUUUAUAGUGCCUGUUAAGAUUUACAUAUUCGAUGUCACUGAUACUUUCAAAAUACCAGAUGAUUCUUCAGGAGCCAUUCCUCAGCAUAAUUGUUUGACCGAGUACAAUGUUGAAUCUUGCAGCCCUGGUGAAGAAAAGGACUGUGUUCAUGUUAAGAGAACAAGUUUCCCCAUGCAAAAGGGUGGUUAUCUCAUCUAUGGUGUUGCUCACCAGCAUUCAGGUGGUAUUGGAUCAAGUUUAUAUGGAAAGGAUGGAAGGGUAAUAUGUUCUUCAAUACCUACGUAUGGAAAUGGAAAAGAUGCAGGAAAUGAGGAAAACUACAUUGUAGGAAUGACUACAUGUUAUCCAAAACCAGGUUCUUUAAAAAUAAAGGAUGGUGAAACUGUGACUCUAGAGUCUAACUAUAGCAGCAGUCGUGGUCACACUGGAGUAAUGGGGCUUUUCUACCUGUUGGUGGCAGAACAACUUCCACACCAACACUUCAGACACUCUACUCGUUCUUCAUUCUUUACCAAUAUAAAUACUUUAUUUGCUUGAUACAUAAAUAGUGAAAGAUAGUUUUAGAUUAAGGAAUGUAGAAAUGGGAUUAUCAAUAAUUUGUGUUUAUGUGUCCUUUGUAUUAUUAAGUCAGUAUUCCUUAUGAUACUUCGACUUGUUUUAUUUUAUGUAUUUGUAUUCAAUAUAUCAAUACUCUUUGAUAUUUCUGUGAUAUGUAUUGUGAAGUACCCAAAUUACACUUUUGAGAUAAUAAUACUUUAUAAUUUGUUAUUUUCA